AUACCAAGUCGGUAUUAUUACUAUUAUUAAUACUCCUGCCUCAUCUUAGUUACAAUACAGAGAGUGUAUUUCUGUUUCUAAUACGCCCAGACAUGAAGACACUGUUAAUCUGUUGUUUUAUUGUGGCAUUUUGGGAGGUAGCAAUUGGAAAGAUCAACUUCUCUCCAGAAUAUGAAGACAACAUGAAUAAAAUAAUUGAUUCAUGCCAACAGGACCCGGGUACUCGUGCUUCUGAUGAUUGGAUACAAUCAGAAGACCUGGAAACUGCAGAAAAUCAAGGCUCUCAUAUAUUAUGCCGAUUAGUAAAAUGCGGCAGCCUAUUCCCUAAUGGGGAUAUUAAUCCCGAGGUAAUGGAAGCUGAUCUUUCGUCAGGUAUACCAACUCGUGAGAUCGUUCAAAAAAUUCUCGACGACUGUGGAAGACGCCUGCCUGGCUUGACAGCUGAACAAAGCGCAGUCAAAAAUUUUAAGUGUGUCCUUUCAACUUUUCAGAGUUUGUCCGGUGAAAAGUAAAUACACACUAUAAUAUAAUAAUUUGUUAAAAUGUAAAAUAGGUCAGUCGCUUUAACUUAAAAAUGAUGUAUUAUCUUAAAAAUGUUGUACUUACUAAAAUAAAAAUCUGUUUUCACUAA